AUGGCGUCUAUAACCCGUGCUCUGCGGCCUUUGUCCCGCACGGUUACCUCUCUCCGCCCCGUCGCAACGCGACCAUUAACCUCCCGCCUCGCUCAAAGCAGCGCCCAUGCCUUCUCAACCACAUGCCGACGGCGGGAUGCCGACCUAGCCAAUCUCAGUCCGACACCAAUCACACACCUCUCUGAGACCGAGUCAUUGAUGGCCGAGACAGUAUCCAAGUUUGCGCAGGAACAAAUCGGCCCGAAAGUCCGGGAUAUGGACGAAUUGGAGACAAUGGACCCUGCCCUGGUAGAGCAGCUAUUUGAGCAAGGGCUCAUGGGCAUCGAAAUUCCCGAAGAAUACGGUGGAGCCGGAAUGAACUUUACCUCUGCGAUUGUGGCCAUUGAGGAGUUGGCCCGUGUCGAUCCUAGUGUUAGUGUUUUGGUGGAUGUCCACAAUACCCUUGUCAACACAGCGUUUAUCAAAUACGGCGAUGCGCAGACGCAGCGGACGUGGCUGCCCAAGCUGGCUACGGGGACAGUAGGCUCAUUCUGCCUGUCUGAACCCAUCUCCGGGUCGGAUGCGUUUGCUCUGCAGACCAAGGCUGAGAAGACUGCGGACGGCUACAAGCUGAAUGGAUCCAAGAUGUGGAUCACCAACUCCAUGGAGGCCGGUAUCUUUAUUGUGUUUGCCAACCUUGACCCCAGCAAGGGCUACAAGGGAAUCACCGCAUUCAUCGUGGAAAAGGAUACUCCUGGGUUCUCAAUCGCCAAAAAGGAGAAGAAGCUCGGUAUCAGAGCUAGCAGCACCUGCGUACUAAACUUUGAUGACGUUGUGAUUCCCAAGGCGAACCUCUUGGGUCGGGAGGGACAGGGCUACAAGUACGCCAUCGGGCUACUUAACGAGGGCCGUAUCGGUAUCGCCGCUCAGAUGACGGGCCUUGCCCUGGGUGCCUGGGAAAACGCCGCACAGUAA